AUGAUGCACGCCAGCAUUGGCACAACAUGCGGCUUCCUGUUGGCGAUGUCCUCGGGCGCUCGGGGGCAAUCAGAUUGGUCCCUCGUUGCGCCCAGGUCAAACACGUUGCCGAAGGGGGAGCCGCCUGCUUCUUUCGACCGCAGAGAGAACAUCAUCUCGCCCUUGGGCGUGUCGAGCAGCCUUGACGCUCGGCCGGCUUUGUUGCACACCAACAAGUUCUACGCAAACCUUUUGCUUGACAGCUCGUCACGAGCGGCGUGGGCACUGCCGUACAUAUUGACCAUUAAUGAAGAGUACCCCUUUGGGCUGUACGUGAGUUAUCCGAGGUUCUUCGAAGGGGAAAGGCAAGAUGAUCGGCUUAAGUGGUACGCAACCACAACGGGCAAGGAUAUCAUCUUGAGUGCCCAGGAGCUGCGCACGAACCAAGAAGCGGAAUUGACGGACUUCGAUGACGAAGGGUUCUCCGCUACGGUCAAAUUUUCCUCCCAAGACACAGCGGGCGGAAGUAUGACCACGUACAUCGUUCGCGGAAUGGCUUACGCGACGGUCCUGUAUGAAGACUUUACCCCAGAGAUGGCGACGCAACAUGCCAUCCUCCGAGUCAACGGCAACGCUGCUGCGGGGGGCGUGCAUACUAACAGCCGUGGGCGUUUCAUGUUGGAGCUCAACGAUGGCAGCACGUGGAUUGUCUACUCCAGCAACAGGGAGCUGGAGCUCUCUUAUGUUCCUGCUACGUCCGACACGCCCAGCUCGCUGAGAGCGAAGUCCCCGAUGACCGGGACGCUGAGAGCUACGCGCGUUCCGUACGAAAGUGACAGCGCCGAGUACGAUGAAGCCAUGGGCGCGCUGGACGAGCACGCUGGCUGCUAUCCGAUCAAGGGCGAACUCCAAGCGUGGAUGGACACCAAGUCCACGAACAGGGGAAGAUACAAGAUAAGUUGGACCACGGGGGGCGACGACUCCGGGCUCCUGCACUUUGCGCUCCCUCACCACCAGGGAAUGCUCGAAACGAGUAAAGUUGCGAGAACUGGGCUCUACGUCAGCAGUCCUACUAAAGGGAACAUGGAGCUUGUAAUCGGGAAGAUAUGGGAGGUCAACGAGAACGAUCUUCCUGAUUUUGAAUGGGUCCCGAGCAAGUCUAGGAUCACCAGCAACGUGGAAAGGGAGUGGAUCGAGUACUACCUCGAGGAAGAGAUAUCCGUGCCUUUGGACAAUGUGGCCGGGUCGAGCGUGUACUUCGGCGGGAAGAACUUGAUGGCCUACGCGCAGUUGUGCCUCGUCGCCGACGAGAUAGGAAGGGAUGAUCUAGUGGGGCCUUGCGUGGACCAGGUGGAGGCGGGAUUCGACAUGUACCUGAUGCACUCCAACGGCAACCCCCUGGUCUACGAUAAGAUUUGGGGUGGCGUCAUCGGAGGGCUUGGGCUGGAAGAGGACAGCAGGGCCGCUGACUUCUACGCGUCGUACUACAACGAUCACCACUUUCACUACUCGUAUGUCAUCAACGCUGCGGCAGUUUUAGCCCAUCUCCGACCGUCGUGGGCCACUAGCGACAACGUUGCAUGGGUCAACACACUCAUCCGGGAUGUGAACGACCCAAACAAGUACGACGCGUUCUUCCCGCAGUUCCGUUCGUUUGACUGGUUCAGCGGCCAUAGCUGGGCUAGGGGGCUCUUGUUCGCCUUCGACGGGAAGGACCAGGAAUCAACUUCGGAGGACGUUAACUUCUUCUACGCCAUGACCAUGUGGGCCAUCGCAACGGGCAACACAGCGCUGGAGGGGCUGGGCCGGCUGCAGACGGGCGUAGUAAAACGAUCGAUUAACGAGUACUUCCUCCUGAAGGACAGCAACACCAACCACCCUGCGGACUUCGUCAAGAACAAGGUGACGGGGAUAUUUUUCGAGAGCAAGGUGGACUACACUACCUGGUUCGGGGCGAACGUGGAGUACAUUCAUGGAAUUCAGAACAUCCCUGUUACGCCGAUCACUGAGUACGUUCGCGAUCCCCAGUUUGUCAGCGAGGAAUGGAACCAGCGGCUGCAAUCGGUUGUGGGGGGCGCAGAAGGCUCAUGGAACACCGUGCUGUACAUGAGCUACGCGACGAUAGAGAAGCACUUGGCCUUCAAGGAGAUGAUCACGAGCGGCGUGGACGAUGGCCUCCAACGGGCCUGGGCUCUUUACUGGGCUGCGACGCGGCCCGACUGUGCCACUUUCUGCGCGCACAGUGACGCGAACCUUGAUCGAGCUCCGGAACCAACGCCGACGCUUCUUCCGGCGGUUCCUACCCCAACGCCCACCCCAGUGAUGCCAGUCCCAACAGCAACCGCCGGAGCCUUCACGUGCGACGGGGUCGAAAGAAACAAUUUUUGCUGCUCUUCGGGGUGCCGGCAAUGCGGAGGUUCGAAUUGCAGCAAGCAAGAGCAAAUCGGGCUCACCGGCGAAGACUGCUGCCAAAACCGGAUCACCGCCUCUGGUCGUCUCUGCUCGGUCACACAGGAAGCCCCAUGCUACAUGGACGCCCCUUCGUCUUCUGCGUGGGUGGCACCGGCAUCUAGCGCGUACGGGGGUAUCCCCGCCGUCAUCCCCGGGAUGGUCCAGGCGGAGAAGUUCGACCACGGUGGAGAGGGGGUGUCCUAUUCGGACACCACUCCAGGCAACAGCGGAGGGGUUUUCCGACCGAACGAAGAUGUUGACAUCUCCGGCGGUCACGAUGACUACCACGUUGCGUGGAUCAGGGCGACCGAGUUCCUGCGAUACACGGUGAACGUCGAGAAAGCCGCCUCGGCGUUCGACUUCACCUUUCAGGUGGCGACUAUCCCCUCGUAUCACGACUCUGGAUCCUUCCGCGUAGUCACUGGUGGUACCGGGUGCGAUGACUACACGACCGAUCUCAGCGGCCUCGUAGUGGUGCCGUCCACCGGAGGAUGGGGGACCUUUGCGUCGUUGCCUGUGCGUACCGAUUGGAAGAAGGUGUUGACAUCUCAGCGAUGGGGAGCCAACAUGCUUACAACAUCGGGUGGACAAGACCCGGCGAAUUCUUGCGCUACACAGUCACCGUCGAGCAAGCUGGCGGCACGGGGUGCGACGACUUCACAACCGACCUUAGCGGGCUCGUGA